CCUUGGUGUAAUCUUGAUUCAACCGUGACGCAUCCAACAUUUACUGGUGAGCUGCUAGAGGAGGCAAGUCGAAUAGUGAAACUUCAGUGGCUCUUCUUGGUGUGCACUAUGGUUCGUCUUUGGUGUAGAUGCGAGUAUCAUUGCCAUUUUUUGUGAAUUCGCUUUAGUAAAAUUGAGACGAGAUUUUUUGUAUCGGCGACUUCGCAACGAAACCGUGUAAAUCAAUCAAAAUGGUUAUUCCACUAACUAUGUCUCUCUUGAUGGUUUAUUUGUUUCUGUAUCUAGCUUCUUGACACAUUUGUGAUAUUAUUCUUUUCACAGGUGGUCCAUUUCAUGGUUCACCCUACCCUUUGGAAAUACUCGAGUUUUUCUCAAAUACGGGGAAAUCUGCAUUUAUUUUGUUACUGAAACACAGUGCAUGCAACUGCCGUGGUUUGAACACCCCAUUGACUAUUGUUUGUCCUUGAAAUAACGCCUUUUAUGUCCAAAGUGUAAUUCAUGGUAGUCGUGCAUGAAUUCGAAUAUCAAUACAAAAGCAGAGUCCCUUACUCUGUCACAACAAUCCUUUGAUGACAGAAAUGCUUUUCAACAACUUCUAGACGAAGUUUUGGAUGUUAAAAAGUGCUCAAAUUCAUUUGCCGACUUUUCCAAUGCCGAGGUCUCAUUGCAACUUAUUCAAGUCCUCGUGGAAGCAGGUUUACUCCCUUUUUUAGACAAAAAGAAGGCGGAAAACGUGCGGAAUAGUCUAUUUCUUAGACAAGCAGAGCAAUCUCUCGAUGCGCUUUUACUUGUUAUAACGGCAAAACCGGCACUGCUAAACUCGACGAAGUCAUCCAUUGUGUUUCUUGAAUGGCUUUUUCCAAGGACAAUUUUUCUGUAUAGUUUGGAAUCGCUCAUUCCUAUAUAUGAUAAAUUAUGUGGGUUUCACUUACAGCUUCUUUACCUCGUUAACGAGCAUGCACAGUUAUCGAUGCAUGCAGUGUGGCUAGAGGAAGAAUGGAAACGGUACAUCGAGUACAGCUUCGGCGCUUUAGUGAGUCUUAGUAAGUCACAAUCUGUGGUACCCUUGUACUCUGCAGCUCCAAAUUUUCUUAUGAGCAAUAGAACAAAAAAAGAUGACUUUCUUAUAGCGCUUGACACUCGAUCUGCGGCUACAUGCUUCUUUUUGCAGGCGUCCUCGGUGCUUGCAAAGUAUCUUCCCCACUCUCAAUUGAAACCUACUGAUAUGUUGUACAUUCAGCAUUGGGACUGGUUGAAACAACACGUAUUUCACUUGCUGCUAAUGCAAAAGCUUAAUGAGUUUGAACCUGCAGUUCAACUGAGUAUGUAUUUUCGAGUACUUGACGUACUGGUGUGUUUUUCAUUGAAGUAUAUGCUUCUGAAAGCUCCGUUAUGCAUUCGUUCUCGGAAUUACAUUCUUUCUAUAAGCAAAGCCGCGUUUCAACUACGCGAAUCCGUAAAAGUCGACGCUGAGUUUACUGUCUCAAUAAUGUUUGUGUACUUCUGCGCCUUUCAAACGUUAUAUCCCGAACAUUUGACUUCUGCCGCAUCCGAAAUCAUGUCUUUGGCGGUUCACUAUAAAGAAAUGACGGAGGAUGCUCAAACGGAUGCACGGAAAUGUGCGAACAUUCUUAUGCGCUGUCUAAAGCACAAGGAUUCUAACUUUUUCCACGCUUUGCAAGCCGAAACAGAUGUCAGUUUGGAAAACCCAUUUUGUAAAUAUUUUAACAACGUUAUAUUGCUUCGAUUUGUACGUUACUUUUAUUCAACUCUCAGUGAUUCACCACUGGGUGAAUUUACAAAUCUAAAAGCAAACCAAGACGUCUCUUCCUUGUAUUCCAUUGGCAAAUGGGUAUCAAAUCAUAAUCAGGCUUUUGAAAAGCGGUUUGAAGAUGAGCUUAAGUCAAAAGUCACAUCGUUUCUUGAAAAUACAACUGAACUUCUCGUUGAAGACCUUCAAUUGUUUGCUACAAUUCACUGUUCUGAAAAGUUGAAUACCUCUUCUAAAUAUGACACUAAAGUGCAUACACAUUAUUGUUGGCUCUGUGACUCACCUCAACGGAUUAAAUUCUCAACGAGUGCUGAAACGGAAGUUCUGAGAAAAAUUCCUACAGAACAGAAGAUUUUGGAUGCGUAUUGGCGAUGGACAAAUCAUUCAAAUACAUUUAUUGCUUUGGCAGACUCUGAUUCUGGUAAGAGAUGUUUGCAAAUGUUAUUUAGUUCUGUCAGAAUGCUUCGUAUGAGUGCAGGCCGUAUAUUACCACGCUUUUUUUCAUCAUUUUAUACGCAUGAAGAUAUUGUUUCCCCAACAGAAAACAGAAUAAUGAUUUUGGAAACAUUAAAAAACCUUGCCUCUGGGUCUCAUUCAAAGUUCUUGGAAACUACCAUUAUGGCUUGGGCGCAUAUUGCUGAAGUGGCAGAGGGGGAGGAAUUACAUUUAAUACUUCUGCAGUUAAUUGAGUUUAUUGUCGAAGGAGAUACCUUUCAUCAAGGUGUAGCCGUUAGCUGUCUCCAUAACGUUGCCCGAAGAAGGGACGUAACGAUAUGGCAACUAUUCUCCCCUUACUGGAGAACUGUUUGUGUAAUGAUCAUUAAAAGUGUUACUCAUAAGCCUGGCAUUGUAAAACUUUUUGCUGAAACUAUGGGCAUUACUGAUAAUGACUUCUUGACACGAACUCAAGCCUACACGGUUCCGUAUCUUGUUUUAACAAAAAAUCGUGCGGUUAUUCAAAAAAUAGCGGAAGCCUCUCAUAAUACAGUCUCGUCCUUGUGUUUGUCAAAUAUGCCUAAAAUACUAGCAACAUUUCUAACAUCCGAAUCGGCAAAUGUUGAAGAAAGUGUAAUGUUACUAUUGACGCUAGCGUCAUCGGAUUUUGAAAAAAUUGAUCUAUCUCGUUUGCUACGUUCUGAUCCUAUUUCUGUUACUGUUGAGCUUUUACAACUUUGUCAUAAAGAAGCUCAAGUAAGUCAAGUAAUUAAUGCGAUAACGAAAGUCGCAAUACUUGUUUCGCCCAGUUUAAAUGAAAAAAAUGUCAAUGAGGAAACGCUUCUUCUGGACUUUUUUAAUAAUCAUAUCCUAGGAAUCCUUGCAGAGUUCUCUAACAUUAUAAACAACUUAAGAGGGAAAGCUUCUAUAAAUGAAAAGACACGAACUAUUAUAGGAAUGAAAGAAAUGAUCCAGUUUGCUGGAAGUGCAACAAAAUUGGGUUUACCUCAAAUAACUUCCUGUCUCCAGAGUGCCUUCCAGGACAAUACCUUGCGAUCCUAUGCUUUGGAAGCCUGGUUGGCCCUGCUUUUAAGUAUUGACGGACCCGAAUACUUAUCACUUGCAAGUCUUUCUCUUGUUUUGUUGCCCUCGAUGUAUCCUAAGAUAAGCAAAAAAGAGAAAAUAAUUGUGGUAAAGGUUAUAGAUUAUAUUGCAAAGGAUCCAAUGGACAACAUUGAGCAGCUUCGGCCGGUUCUUCCAGUCUCUUUUGCAAGUGAGUGCUUUUCUGAAACCAGUCGCGAUUCAUUUUCAAAAAUUCAGGUUGACGAUUUUCAUUUAAAUAUUGAAGACAUCAUGCAGUGUUGCCGUAAUGAACACGAGUCGGUUUGUCUUUUAGGUUUACAAAAGCUCGCUUCGUAUCUUCAGACAAAGGAAGCAUUUCUUCAGUCGCUAAUAACAGUUGAUGUUAUUGAUCCUCUUAUAAAUCGUCUUUUACGAUGUUUACUAGACUGUUGCCUCAAAUUUGCACAUUCUAAUGAUGAAAUCUCAUUUUUGGCAGCCAAAAAUUUGGGUAUUUUGGGUGCUAUUGACCCGAAUCGUGCGGAUGCUCAGAAAAGAAUUGGUGGCUUUUUAAUGUUAGAUAAUUUUGAAAAUGGAGAGGAAUGUUUAAAAUUCAUUACUCGUUUUAUACAGGAUCAGCUCAUUCCUGCUUUUAUUACUACUACGGAUACAAAGGCUCAAAGCUUUUUAGCUUAUGCCUUGCAGGAACUUCUUCAUUUAGGAGGAUUUAGAUCUGCUGUUAUCGGCUCACAAAAGCGCUCUACAAAAAGUGUGGAAGCUCAAUACUGGAAUUCACUUCCAGAUUCAUCCAAGCGCGUUCUAAUACCGUUUUUGAACUCAAAGUACCAUCUAACUUCAUCUCUCAAGCCAAGAAUAUCUUUUCCAAUUUAUUCAGAGACGACAACUUUCACAUAUUGGAUACAGAGCUUUUGUCUAAAGUUAAUGCAGUAUUACCAUUCUAAAAAUGCUGAUCGUAUAUUUUCUAUUUGUGCAAAGGUAAUCAAGGAUCAAGAAACUAGCAUUUCGAGGUUCUUGUUCCCAUUCCUACUCUUAAACGCUGUUUUAACCGAGUCCGCUGAUGAAUUAAAACUGAUCUCUACGGAAUUAAAAAUGGUUGUCUUUCAAAAACGACCGGAACGUACAAAUCGAGAAAGCAUGCAACGUUAUACCACUUUUCUUAAGUGCUUCUUCGAAGUUGUUGAUUACUUCAACAAUUGGCUUAGAGCGAGAAGGCGUAGAAGCUGGGAAGAACGGUCUGCGAAAGCUCGACGAGAGAAUCGUUAUAUGUCUGUUGAUGAUGCCGUUUCUGAGGAAGCUACCGUCGUACGUGUGGAUUCUUUCCUUUCCCAGUUUCCCGUAGAAAAACUUGGUCUCGUCUCAUUAUUUUGUGGUUUUCAUGCGAGAGCACUUUUCUACUGGGAACAGCAUUUACGCAUGUCGAAAGAGAAAACUCCGAGCUCUGUUACUGAAAAUGAUUAUCGAAUUUUGCAAGAAAUAUACAGCGGAAUCGAUGAUCCAGAUGGGAUUGAAGCAAUCUCAUUUAAUUUUCACAACUAUUCUCUUGAUCAACAAAUAAUUCUGCAUGAAAACUCAGAAAACUGGGAUUCUGCUCUCACUUGUUAUGAGUUAAGCUAUGAGAAACAACCAAAGAAUGAUAUUCUAAAGGUUGGAAUGCUAAACUGUUUGCUGCAAGCAGGCCAUUACGAAUCUGUCAUCAAUAACGCUAAACAUAUAUCGUCUCUAGUUGAAGAGCCAUCACGUUCUACAGUUCUCAAUCUUGCUAUUGAAGCUGCCUGGAGUGCAUUGCUUAAAGACAAAUUACAAGAACUUGUUACAAGUAGUUCGUCCGUUUCAUUUGAUACAAAGGUUGGCCGAUUGUUUUUGAACUAUCUCUCCAACAUGCAUGAUCAGGCGGAGUUCGACCAGCUGAUUCGUACAUUAUAUACCGAUGCUACUAUUGCAAUUGCGAAUACUGGAGCAAACAGUUCAUAUGAUUGCUAUGACAUUCUCUCAAAGCUUCAUGCUAUUCAUGACUUUAGUGUUAUUUCUAGUUAUACGCUCUCUAAAACACCAAUCCCAGAAGAUGUAGCGUCUGUUUUUAAGACUCGUCUUGAGUGUGUUGUUCCUUAUGGAAAGUUUAAGCAGAGAAUUCUGUCUGCACAAUUGGUUGGCUUUAGUAGAGGAUCAAAAAACUCUGUGUAUCAAGCGCCUACACAUUUGGAAAUUGCAAAACUUGCUCGAAAAAAUCAGCAAAUGCAACGAGCGUAUAAUUCAAUUUUGCGCGCUAUGAGUUUAAAUAAAGCCAUGGCUGCAGUAGAGCACUCAAGAUGGUGGUGGCAUCAAGGACAGCGUCGUAAAGCGAUUGCUGAAUUACAGUCCUCUUUUGAUGCAUCUCUUUUUGAGUCUGCUGACGUUCUUUCGAUGCAUUCAAUAUCUGCUUUAUCAAGUACGUCUUCAAAUGAGUCGAAGGGUAGCGUUGUCAAAGGAAAAGCGUUGUUGACUCUUACAAAAUGGCUUGGCGAAGCUGGUCAACUUGGACUGAAGGAUUUAGAGGUCUAUUAUUACAAAGCGGUUAAUAUAUAUCCUGAAUGGGAAAAAAGUCACUAUUACUUAGCUCAUCAUCGUGUAUCGAUGCUUGAAGAAGAAAAGAAGCUUCCUCCUGGGAAAAAGAGCGAAAAGUUUCUCACUGGUGAACUGGUAACACGAAUUAUUAAUGAGUAUGGAAGAUCUCUUUACUAUGGAACGAAGCAUAUUUAUGAGAGUAUGCCCAAACUGUUAACACUUUGGUUGGAUUUUGGAGCAGAAGAACUUCAGUUGUCGGAAGAAGAGGGCGACAGUUAUUUCAGAGAACAUAUCAUUGCCUCAAGGAAGAAGUCGUUGGAGCUUAUAAACUCUAAUAUAGUCCGAUUGGGUUUAAAGAUACCUCAAUAUCUAUUCCUCACUGCCUUAUCUCAAAUGAUUUCACGUAUUUGUCAUCCGAACCAGAAGGUUUAUCGAGUGCUGGAACAUCUCAUCAGUUUAGUCAUUUCUGCAUAUCCAAAGGAAACUCUUUGGCAACUAAUGGCUGCUACGAAAUCCACUUCUCACAAACGGUCUGUGCGAGGAAAAAGCAUUUUGAAUCUGUUAUAUUCAAAGAAAAAGAAUCAACCAGAAAACUUAGAAAUGAAGAAACUUUGCCAGUCUGCUGUCUGUUUAACAGACAAGCUUUUGGAUCUGUGUAAUGUUCGUUUAGACACGCGGGCUGUGAAACUUAGUUUAAAGGGUCAUUUCCGGAUUUCGCUUAAUUCACCUGUUGACUUAGUAAUUCCGGCUCAAUCUUUUAUGAACAUAACACUUCCUUCUAAAGGAAUUGUAUACCAUCAGUAUCACCCGUUCCCAAACAACCAACCAACUAUUGAAGGCUUUGAAGAUGAAGUUGAUAUCAUGAAUUCCCUACAGAAACCCAGGAAGGUGACUAUUCGGGGAACUAAUGGAAAGAUGUAUCAUUUCUUAUGUAAACCAAAGGACGAUCUACGGAAAGAUGCUCGACUAAUGGAACUUAACAAUGUUAUUAACAAGAUUCUUCGAAAAGAUCAAGCAGCUAGUCGAAGAAAGCUAAAUAUACGAACUUAUGUGGUUAUCCCUCUUAAUGAAGAAUGCGGUUUUAUUGAAUGGGUUAAUAAUACUCGCCCUUUCCGUGAUAUACUCCUAAAAAUUUACAAGCAAAAGAAUGUACCUAUUCCAUAUCAAGAGCUUCGUGCUAAUCUUGAUAUGGCUUUACAAACACCUAACCCGGCCAAGAUCUUUGAAGAGAAAAUCUUACCAAGGUUUCCCUCGGUGUUUCAUGAAUGGUUUAUGGAAGCAUUUCCCGAACCCAGCAGUUGGGUAAAAAGUCGGCAGAAUUACUCGAGAACUCUUGCUGUAAUGUCAAUGGUGGGUUAUGUACUUGGACUUGGUGAUAGGCAUGGAGAGAACAUUUUGUUCGAUGAAUUAAACGGAGACGCUAUUCAUGUUGAUUUUAAUUGUCUUUUCGAAAAGGGAUUAACAUUUGCAAAACCAGAAAAGGUACCAUUUAGACUAACUCAUAAUAUGGUUGAUGCAAUGGGGCCAACUGGCUAUGAAGGGUCCUUUAGAAAAUCCAGUGAAAUUACGAUGCGUCUUUUACGUUCCAAUCAAAAUACGCUUAUGAGUGUGUUAGAGUCGUUUUUGUACGACCCUCUUGUUGAAUGGAACAGAAGAGGGCAAAAUUCGCUUUCUGGUGGUCUUGAACAAAAUGAGGCGACUCAAGUUUUGGCAAAGAUACGCAGAAAAUUGCAAGGUUAUAUUGGAGAGGAGCCGUUACCCUUGUCUGUUGAAGGACAGGUACAAGAGCUUAUCAAGGAAGCCGUUAGCUCCGAUAACCUCGUACAGAUGUAUAUUGGUUGGGCAGCAUAUUUUUGAGUAAGAUACGUCUUUGUCACAUCUGUCAUGGGUAAAAUGUGAUGAAAUCUCGUUACUAAACCUUAAAAUGUCUACUUGUCAUGAGAGGGGUUUGAGUCUGAAGCGCCCAAAUUGUUUAACUCGCUGUAGUAUUUUUCUAACUCGGAAUCCGCAUUGGGUUCUUCCAACUGUUGUGGUUGGCGUUUUAAUGAAGCAGGAAUAAAUUGGGCUGCCUCUUUUCGAAGAUCUCGAACAAUUGGUUCUGCCGAGUAUUCUGUUUUUACGAUUGCGUCAGCUGUAAUUUCCUGUUGCUUCCAAACAUCGUUAUGUUCGACAAGCGCCGUUCUUUUGGUGUCCUCGUGGUGGGGAUUGUCGCCUGGAAAUUCGUCCUCGGGCAUCGGAAUGUUAAUAACAGACUCGUCAGUCUCUGAGCUCUCAGAAUUAUCAUCAUCAAUUUCUUUAUAAGGCAUUCCAGGUGGUGGAACACCAUAAGGGUUAAAUAUUGGGUGAUAAUAAACACUCUUUUUUGGAUUUUUCGGAAUAAACGGUUUCUUUUGGCGUCGUUCCCUAUUGACAUGUUUUGUUUUUUCGGAUUCAAUGUUGCCAAUUGAGUGUCCUCCAAUUCCCUUUUUUUUCAUUACAUAAACAUCACGUUCUAAUGUAUCGAGUUGUUGACGCUCACUGGAAUUUAAGGGUCUGCUUUUCUCAAUAUCCUUUAAUUCAAAAAUCUUCUUUUCCAAGAAAAAAACAUUUUUUGUUGAAAGUUUUGCGUCCCUUCUUUGAGAUCGUUCUUGACGAAGCUUAGCUUGUUCUUUCUUCUUACGUUUUCGAGCUUCGUCCUGAACCGGAUUAAGCGAACGUUUUCCUUUCAUUAAAAUUUGGUGUUUUGUCCUCGUUGAAAAUCAGGUUGAGCUUUCAGCUGCAAAAAAUGAAAAAGAGAAGCGUCUUAACAUAAAUUUUGUGUGAGACUUUCUUUUAUUAAGUGCCUAUGUCAUUAGGUGAUCGUAAUGAAAAUAAUUACUCUGUUAAAGAAUUUUUGUGUGGUUGUUGAUGUUGAAGGAACAAAAAAGUUAUACUUGG